GGAGGCCCACAGGCCAGUGUGGGAUCCCGGAGAACAGCCACAGAAGGCUCGCGCCAGCCCCGCAAGAUACUCAAACGCCUCCCAGCCAGUCCGAGAUCCAUGCUCCCUCUUCUCCCUGGACUCCUUCCUGGGCCUCGUCCCCUUCUCCAGAAAGUCAGCAGAACUUCCUGCCCUUGAGCUUGCCUUGAGGGAAAGAGAGAAGUCCGAGCAGCAAAGAGGAAAACAGGCUGGAAAGCAGACGGCAGGACCCCCGCUGGACCCUUCACCUCCGGAGAGGCUGGCCUCAGAAAGCCAGAUGUGCACACAAUGCUUGAUCAGUGCUUCUGAACGAAUGAAUGAACAGUAGAAUUAGAAAUGAUGGCUCAGAAAGGUUAAGCAACUUACUCCAGGCCACCCAGCUGUGACGGCGGAGCAGGUCUUCUCUCGGGUCCCAGCUCUCCUCCUUCCCCCUUGCUCUCCCCCACCCUAACUGACAGAGGGGCCCAAGAAAGACGCACUCCUUCCCUGUCUCGGCAGGGGCUGGGGGGGCCAUGUCCCUCAUCCCCUGGCUGCGGUGGAAUGAAGCCCCCUCGAGGCUGUCCUCCCGGAGGCCCGCGGAGAUGGUGCUGGAGACGCUCAUGAUGGAGCUGGCGGGGCAGAUGCGAGAGGUGGAGAGGCAGCAGUGGGAGCGCGGCCAGGCGGUCAGGAAGAUCUGCACCGGGGUCGACUACAGCUGGCUGGCCAGCGCCCCCCGGCCCACCUACGACCUCAGCCCUGGCGAGCGGCUACAACUAGAGGAUGUCUGUGCCAAGAUCCACCCUUCCUACUGUGGGCCCGCCAUCCUCAGGUUCCGGCAGCUGCUGGCAGAGCAGGAGCCCGAGGUGCGGGAGGUGUCCCAGCUCUUCCGCUCGGUGCUGCAGGAGGUCCUGGAGAGAAUGAAGCAGGAGGAGGAGGCCCACAAGCUGACUCGGCAGUGGAGCCUGCGGCCCCGCGGCCCCCUGGCGCUGGCCACCUUCAAGACCCGAGCGCGCAUCUCCCCCUUCACCAGUGAUAUCCGGACCAUCUCCGAGGACGUGGAGCGGGACACGCCGCCGCCGCUCCGGACCUGGAGCAUGCCGGAGUUCCGGGCGCCCAAAGAGGACUGAGCCGUUCCCUCCCCAGCCCAGGAGUGGAGCCACCAGCGGUAGGGCAUGAUAGGCCGGUGACUGGUCCCGCGUCCUGGAACCUCCCCCCUUCCCCUGACAAGGGUCCCAAGAGGUGUUUCCUUCCCAGGACAUUCCGGUAAAAUGAAGGAACCCGUCAGGCAGCACUCCCCCAUCAGCCCC